CAUCGACCAAUGGCGCUGCGGACCGACGUCACGUUCAGGCUUGCCGAAGGCUCCUCGUUCCGCCCGCUCGAGCCGGUCGGCAAGGCCGCCUCCUCUCUCGGCAUGCGCGUCACCAAGGGGCGAAACUGGAGCCUCCUCUGGUCGUGGAGAUCCCCAUGGACCGACGCGGCGCUCGUGCGGCCGCUACGCGGCUCUCGCGCCGGCGCAGGCCCGAUUGUCAACCACGUGGGAGGGCUCAACGAGCUCGCGUACAAGUCCAAGCUGGCGGUCUUCGCCGCCUCGCUCGCCGCCGCCCACCCGUCCACCUUUGAGGGCGUUGCGCCGGAGACCUACAUCCUUCCCGACCAGCUGGGAGCGCUCGCCCGGCGGCUGAAGAGCGAAGGCGCUGCCGACGCGCACGGAUGGCCGCGCUGGCUCUCAAAGUCGGUCAAGCACCGCGGCGUGCGCGUGCUCCCCUCUAACGCCAGCGAGGACUACCUCCGCUCUCUCAACGCUGCGCUCGUCCAGCGGCGCGUGAAGCCGCUCCUCCUCCGCUCGGUGCCGCGCGUCUUUGACCUCGGGCUGUACGUCCUCCUCUCCUCGGUGAGGCCUCUCCGCGCCUACCUCUUCGAGGAGGCGCUCGUCCGCUUCGGCAGCGCCGAGUACCCCGCCUCGCCCGCCGGCUUCGCGCGGCAGGAGAGCUUUGUCAUCGACGACUACUCGCCCGUAUGGAAGCUGCCCGCCUUCGCC